UUCAGGGCCGCGCGUCGGCCGGGCUCAGCGGCGGAGCAGAGCGGACGGCGAGGCACCAGCGGGACCAGGCGGGCUGCCGGGUGGCUCGAGGCGGAGCGCGGGCGGCCGAGGGAGCUCGGAGGGCGGACGGACGGCGGCGCGAGCGCUCGGCCCGGGGCUGCGGGAGCAGGGGGACACCGCGGCGGCAGCGGCUGCUGCUGCAGGAGGAGCCCAGGGGACACCGCCCCUGACCGCGCUCUGCUUCAGCCCAGCGCUGCUCCCCAGGGGCCUGUGCGGACUCGCCUGCGUGACGUGUCACGAUGUCUGACCGCAAGGCAGUGAUCAAGAACGCAGACAUGUCUGAGGACAUGCAACAGGAUGCCGUUGACUGCGCCACACAGGCCAUGGAGAAAUACAACAUAGAGAAGGACAUUGCUGCCUAUAUCAAGAAGGAAUUUGACAAGAAAUAUAACCCUACCUGGCACUGUAUCGUGGGCCGGAAUUUCGGCAGCUAUGUCACACACGAGACGAAGCACUUCAUCUAUUUUUACUUGGGUCAAGUUGCAAUCCUCCUCUUCAAGUCAGGCUAGGUGGCCAAGGGGAAGGUGUCAGUGGCGGCGGCAGCAGCAAUGGCAAGCAGGCGGCGUUGCUGGGACUGUUUUGCACUGGGGCCAGCAUCAGGAAGUCCUCUCCAAUGGCUGUGCUACUGCAUGGACUGUAUACUCGAUUUCAUGUGUGUGUCGCAGUAAACAAAAACCAAACUUCUUUCUGUUUAGUUGCCUGGGGAAGAAGGCUGCUUUAUGUUUAUUUUUUUUUAAGACUUUAAAGAUUUUUUUUUUUUUUGGUUGUACUGCACUAGGAACUCUCUCCCACCCCUCAUUUUCUCUUUCUCUCCCUGUAUAAAAUGCCCUCAGCAAAGCCCAAGAGACUAGGAGGCUGAGGACUUGGAAUAGGUCUCUGGAGGUAGAGGGAAAACUGCAGCUGCCUAUUCUUGUGGUGGAUGCUGCUUUAGAAGGGCCGGAGACUAUGAGGAAAGCUUUAGGAUUGGCAAGGAGAGGGAUAGGAAGUCGGGUGGGGGGAUUGAUCUAGUACCAGGGAGAAUAUUCCACAGAACUGUGACUUUAUGGCUUGGGGCAGGGGUGGUGGGGUGUAGUCUUUAAGAGGCCCUGAGAUAGAUGUGUUUAUGGUGUGGGAGUGGGGAGCAGAUGUGUCUUGCUGUCCUUGUCAGGGUCUCUAAGUAAGGGCUGUGUCUUUGUGGAUUACCUUCCUUUAUUCUUCCAGCCAGAGGUCAUGUGGGGAGGAUGCUGGGAGUAGGAUUAGCUUGACUUUGCCCUUUCCAUUCUCUGUCUGCUCCCUGCUCAGCCCUCGUUUUUCUCAUUCCUCAGUUCUCUUAGAGCAGCCCUGUUGUUGGCUGGCAAGGGAAUUUCUGGUGACUGUAGUCCUUAGUUAGGUCUUAGCGAUCCAACCAAAUCAGUGUCCACUCGAUUCUUCCUGUGUGUUUGUGUUUGUGUUUGUCUGUGUGCGUGGGGUGGGUCUGGGGUAGAAGGGAGGGAAGGGGCAGGAUAUGUGAAAUCUCUAGGGUGUAUGGGGAGGUAGGGGGCACAGUGAGUUCUAAGUGGGCUUUUAUGUUACCUUUUGGGGCAAUGACAGGUUGGUGUCCCCUCAGCCAUCUAGCUUGGACACCCUGCUUUGCCCUAUAGCUGCCUGUUCCUGGGAAUGUUUUUGGAAGGUCAUCCAGGACAAGAUGGCCCUACUGCCAUCCACCCUGGAGUUGGAUCUGGGGGCAGGGGGCAACUUGUGUCCCAACUUCUAGUGGGAAUUGGGAAUGAAAGAAACGAGGGCAGAGAGGGGGAACUCCUUGAAACAGGUCUGAAGUACAGUAACGAAGCUCUGAGAGUCAGGAGGUGAAGGACUGAGUGGGAGGACUUUCCAGAGAGGGUGCAAGGGAAACCUCGCUGUUGACAUGAUUGGGGUGGGUGGGGGUCGUCAUUGCCAAUUGAGCUGCUGGUUCUAAUGAGUCACAUUCAGAACGUUGAGUGGGGUGACACUGUAAGGGUGGGGGAAAUCUAGCUCCCCCAGCCCAUUCUUGGGGGUGAGGGAAGGCAGGAGAAUGCCCCUUCCUCCUGAUCCCUUAGUGUGUAUUGAGCUGUUUUUUCUUCAGUGCUGGCAGGGGAGGGUGGGAACUGGUAGUGACUGAGUUCCCUGUUCAAACCUUUCAUUGGGUACAAGAUUUGAAUGUUUGAUUUUAGGUUUUAUUUUUCUUACGAAUGUCCAGAUCUGUGUUUCUCCCUACCCUCCAAGACUGGCCAGUUGGAAGUGUCUAGUUUUUGUUCAUCUCUCAUUUUUGGUGCAGGGACUGAGACCCUGCCACAUCUAUGCUCUGCAUCCACGCCUCUUUUGGACAUUAAAGGUCGAUUGAUGCACUUCUGA